AUGGCAGCGACUCGCACUUUGGAGGCUCGCUUUGAGCGCAUGUCAGUGAUGGAUGAGAAUGAAUCUGGAUACUCCAAGACAAAGGUUACGCCGACUACGACACAGGUGCCCCACGGGAAUAGUCGGACAAACCUGUUCAAGGUCGCCUUGCAAUCGCACGCGGCCAGUAAUCCCGUCUCUGCAUCUGUGACUCUGCCAUCACAGGCCGUCAACCGCAAGCUCGUGCAUCAGCAGCAGCACCAUGCCAGUCCUCAAUCGCCUCCCGCUCCGACCCGAAAAGCGCUUCCGUCGUCGUCAUCCGUCCGCAGCUCGGAAGAGUCAGCGGCGGGCACAGCCGAAGACAAGGCGGCCGCGAUGCUCAUCGCUCACCAGCCCAUGCAGCCGAAACAGUUCCACCUCGGCAUGUUUGAGAUUGGCAGGCCGCUGGGUAAGGGCAAGUUUGGGCGCGUAUACCUGGGCCGCGAGCGGACGAGCGGCUUCAUCUGCGCCCUCAAGGUGCUGCACAAGAACGAGCUGCGCAAUGGCGGGGUAGAGCGGCAGGUGCGUCGCGAGAUUGAGAUUCAGAGCAACCUGCGGCACCCCAACGUGCUGCAAAUGUACGGCCACUUCCACGACAGCAAGCGCGUGUUCCUGAUCCUCGAGUUUGCCGGCAAGGGUGAGCUGUACAAGCACCUGCGCAAGGAGAACCGCUUCGCCGAGUGGAAGGCGGCACAGUAUAUUGCGCAGAUGACCUCGGCGCUGCGCUACCUGCAUCGCAAGCACGUCAUCCACAGGGACAUCAAGCCCGAGAACAUCCUCGUGGGCAUCCACGGCGAGCUCAAGAUUUCGGAUUUUGGCUGGAGCGUGCAUGCGCCCAACAACCGCCGCAAGACCAUGUGCGGCACCCUUGACUACCUGCCGCCCGAGAUGCUGCGCCCCGGCGGGUCGGACAACUUUUACAAUGAAAAGGUUGAUCUCUGGAGCCUCGGCGUCUUGACAUACGAGUUUCUCGUCGGCGAGGCGCCAUUCGAAGAUACACAAGUCAUGACACAAAGGAGAAUUGCCAGGGCAGACAUGUCGGUGCCGUCGUUUGUGAGCCCAGAGGCUGCAGACUUGAUCAAAAAGAUCAACCUGGGCGCAGCACAACCAGACCCAGACCACAAAAUCUCCAGUCUUUACAGCCCAGAAACUAAUGGCGAUCUUCUGCAGCUCCUCGUUCUAGACCCAGAGAAGCGUAUUCCGCUCGACCAGAUUCCGCUGCACCCUUGGAUAGUGAAACACUGCGUCAAAGGCGAGCGGGUUGCGAAAAGAGAAAAGUCGUAUAAGUAA